CCGCAUGCAUGCCGCACGUUCAGCCAGCCAACGACGUUCUGGCUUUGCGGGCAACGCAGCGCCACAUGCACCCUGGUCUGAGGUCUUGAGUAAAAAUGCGCUUUAAGGAGUAUCCCGAAAUAGUUGUGGAUGUCAUACCAAAGCUGUACGAGAGCCACAUCAAGGUCUUCAUCACGCAUCUCUAUGACAUGCAGGGGAAGCUGGAUCGGCUGCCCAAGCAGUUCUGCAAGAUGUACACCACCCAGCCGCUGGCCAACCAGCUGCUCAGCUACCUGAGCAGUCGUGGUGCCAAGGUGUCCCAGCAGGACUUCCACAUAGUCAAGGAGGCGCAGCCCUUGCAGCUGCGCCUCAGCGAUGGCAAGCGACUGGAGCUGAUGCUCUGUGCCGGCAACGAGCAGGGCAACAGCCUGAUGCUGCUCAUCCGCAAGCCGCAGGGCGGCCGACUGCUCUUCUACUACUCAGCACUGCAGCAGGACGAUCUCUGUCGGCUGAUGGGCAAUGUCACCUAUCAGGAGUGGAUUGCCCAGGGCACCGAUGAGCUCUAUCUGAAUCUGCAGGCAGCCGAUCAGCCGUUCCAGCAUGUGGACUUCGACGAGGUGGCCAGGAAGAUCGCCGAGUAUGCGGCAUCCGUGGGCGGGACGUGUGUGCUCAAGCUGCCUCUGUUUGGCUACGAGUAUCUGGUCACGCGUCUAGCUCAAACCUUGACACUCUUCGGCCACAUCAAGCUGAUGAACUCCUAUUUGCACAGCUACAGCUGCUUGGGCACAGACCGCAGGUGCUUCGAGCAGCCCGGCCAUGCGGUAACUGUGAAAAUUGAGGCUGCCAAUAGCCAUGUGUGGGAGAUCCCAUAUCCACUGCGAGAUCUUCAAUGGUCUCCCACACCGAAUCGUAUAAAUCUCAUACAGCUCUGCAGCCUACUGCGUCCUGUCUAUAUCAAUGGAAUUGUGGACUUUCAUGCCACGGGAAAUGUGCCGGCUGUGCCGCAGUACCUAAAGCGCUUUCGCUUGAGAUACUCGCCCAAGCCAAGAGCAGCGACAGCCGAAGACCACUCGAAUGUGCCCGAGACUCAGCUCAUCCAGUGGCCCAGCACAGAGAACAUCUGUGGGACUCAGCAGACUCAGCACGCAAACGCAACAACACGAAAGGACACCGGGCCAAUCCUAAAGCAAAGAAAGCUGCAAUUUGUUGAUUACGAUGAUGAUGAUUAGAAUGAGAACUUGAUUAACAUAGGAA